UAAGUACCUAUCUAGUAACAUUUCCAAAUAUUUCAUUUCAAGUAACCAGCCGCAAAUUCUACGUUUUUUUCCAUAAACUAUGUAUCCGUACAAAAUUGUCGUUCUAUUUUUGGCUGUCUUUAAGCUCAACUGUAUUUGUUUGGGCGAUAUUGUGACAGCGAAAUCUGUUUGGAAAGAGCACAAUGACCUUAGAGAAUCGGAUGGUGUGCCAAAAUUAUCCUUGUCUAAAAAGCUGAGUAAAGAUUGCGAAGAUUAUGCAAAGCAUCUAGCUACAUUGAAUAUCCCAGACCAACAAUUAUUCGAGUAUCUGACUGAUGAUAGAGUAGACCGUGCCAAGUUCAAGGAUCACAUAGCUUAUCCCAUAUCGGAUGAAAAGAAAAUCCAUUAUAUAGAAAAUAUAUGCGAGUUUAGUUUCAGAUCUUGUGUUAGCGAGUGGUAUGAUAUGGGAAAAGAUUCAUAUGAUCCGCGUGACGACACGGAUACAAAUACGGAUGCGGAUACGCUAACGGAUAUGGAAAAAGCUCUUACUGAUAAAUACACUGCACUCAUAUGGAAAUCAUCUAAAGAAAUGGGAGUGGGUAUAGCUCCAAAAUACCCAGGGACUAAAAAUUUAAGGAAAAUAAUGGUCGUUAGGUAUUCUCCACCUGGCAAUGUGCGUGGCAAGUACAACGAAAACGUACCAGAACCUGGAGAUUCAGAGUAUUCAAAAGAAGAAACUACCACUAUGUCAAAAGCAUGCGGGAAGAAAUCCUAUAUAUUUGCUGUAUUAGUUAGUUUUCAAACACUUACACAUUGGUUUCCAUAAUUAUUUAAAUUGUUUUGGAACACCGUUAAAAAAUGUAUGUUAGCGAUGUGUGAUAAUGUU